AUGUUUAAACUCUUAUUCGUGAUCGCGAUUCUGUCGCUAGUGAAAUGUGGACGGUCCCAAAUUGCUUUUACCAAUCAGCCUUGCUCGGUUCGAAAUCCAAAAAUAGUGGGUGGCAGCGAGGCGGAACGCAACGAAAUGCCCUUUAUGGUCAGUCUAAUGCGUCGCGGUGGUCACUUUUGUGGUGGCACAAUAAUCUCAGAGCGAUGGAUUCUAACAGCAGGACAUUGCAUCUGCAAUGGGUUGCAGCAGUUCAUGAAACCCGCUCAGAUCCAAGGAGUCGUUGGUCUGCACAGCAUCAAAGAAUAUCUCAACGGAAUUGGCAAUGGCCCAGAUGCUCUGAGGGUGGACUUCAAGAAUCUAGUGCCUCAUCCGCAGUACGACUGUAACGAUGUGAAACAUGAUAUAGCACUGCUGGAACUGGUGCAGCCGGUCCGUUUCUCCGCCCACGUCCAGCCCAGCUGUGUGGGAUCAGACGAAGGACACCGGAGCUUGGAGCAGGAGUACGGAACGGUUUCCGGUUGGGGUUGGACCCACGAGAACCAAGCGGAGAACGACCGAUCCGACGUUCUGCGCAAGGCCACGGUAAAGAUCUGGAACAACGAGGCGUGCCAAAGGUCGUACAGGUCAUUGGGGAAAAGUAACACCAUCGGGGAGACACAAUUGUGUGCAGGUUAUGAGAACGGUCAGAUUGAUUCGUGUUGGGCGGAUUCCGGCGGCCCACUGAUGUCCAAGGAGCAUCAGCUGGUGGGCGUGGUGUCCACUGGAAUUGGAUGUGCUCGCCCCGGUUUGCCGGGAAUAUAUACGCGUGUCAGUAAAUACGUUGCCUGGAUGCAGAAUGUGAUAGCGGGCAGGAAAUAG